CAGUGAUUCUAUGGGGAAUCACCUGCAUGUGUCUCGCGAUACCAAAGAGCUUUGCUGGUUUUGCCGCAGUCAGAUUUCUCUUGGGCUUCACCGAAGGCGCUGUUUCUCCAGCCUUCGUUACCAUCACGUCGAUCUGGUAUCAGAAGAGUGAGCACGCCACCAGGACAGGGCUGUGGGUGACCAUGAACGGUUUCGCUCAGAUCGUCGGCUGUCUGCUCAUGUACGGCAUCGGCAAGAACACGUCGCUGUCCCUCGAUCCCUGGCGCACUCUCUUCCUCGUCUGUGGCGCCAUGACAGCGGCAUCUGGCGUUGCCUUCUAUUUCCUCAUGCCAAACGGGCCGAACGAUGCUUGGUUCCUCAAUGCUCGCGAAAAGGAAGUUUUAUCGAUGCGUAUGGCCAAGGACCGCGAGGGAGGCGACAAAACAUCGUUCUCCAUGCGACAGUUGCGAGAAGCGUUGCUGGAUGUUAAGACGUGGUUUGUCUUCGCUUUCGGUGUGCUCGUCACCAUGCAAAGCCCGGUUCUGACAUUCGCCUCCCUUGUGAUCAACACAAUAGGCUACGACCGCUACCAAACCAUGCUCUACACCGCUCCCUCCGGUGCCGUCCAAGUCACGUUCCUCUGGAUCGGCGUACUAGGCUGCUAUCUCUUCCCUCGAAACCGCACGCAAGUCGUGCUCGCGCUCAUCAUCCCUCCCCUGAUCGGCAACGUGCUCCUCCUCAAGCUCUCACUUGACGCGGGAUGGGGCAUGAUCGCCGCCUCCUGGCUAGCAUCCUGCAUCACAGCCGUCAUGUCGCCGCUGCUGUCACUGACGGCUUCAAACGCAAAGGGCAACACGAAGCGCUCUGUCGUCAGCGCUGUAUUCUUCAUCGGGUACUGCGCGGGCUGUAUUGCGUCGCCGCAGCUGUGGACGCACAAACCGAGGUAUUUCAGUGGCGUUGUGACGGCGCUGGUCACGUGGUGUACGCUGUUUGUUGUCGUCAUCGCAUACUGGCUUGAGUGUAAGCGCGAUAAUGCGCGGAGGGAUGCUUUGGACCGCGAGAGCGGGGUGGAGGAGUACGUGCACGGUGUUGUGCUGGACAAGAACGGGGCGCCGAUUACGGAUUUGACGGAUAAGGAAGAUGUGAGGUUUAGGUACAGUUGGUAGGUGGCACGUGUGUUUACAAAUUCUAUGCAAUUGUUGACCCUGUA